AAUCACUAGAGAUGUUCCGUUGGACAAUUUGAUCUCACUUUUCCACAAAUCGCCAUCAUCUCAAGCUUCUGACGAACACGAUUUAUUUUUAGAAGAGGAAUCGCUUAAUGUGGUAAAACUGGACUGGUUGGAUGAUGGAGGCAGUAAUGACGACCACAGUUAUCCUGAUAGCUCGUUUAAAAACGAUACAUCAGUUACCAUACAAGGACAGUUUAGAUUUGGGGAUAAUUUUCAUGAUUAUGAUGAGAUCGAUGACCAACAAUAUAUUGACCAGUCCCCACUUGGUGAAGUGAUUUCUAACAUUUUUCCCUUUUUAAGUCCACGCUCAAUUGAAUAUUUCCUCUCACUGUUUGAUAUGCUUAUUCUCCUCUAUUGCAACUGGAGGAUACUUACCACCAUCAAGUUUUAAGAAAAUAGAAACCAUGCAUUUCAAUUUUUUGCUAAAUAUACAUAUUUAUGUAGUUUAUACAUAUUUAAUUAUAAUUAUCAUAUAAAUAAUAUAAAAGUUCAUUUAAUCGCUGAUUUUGUUUACGUUAUUUAAUGUUAUCCAUUGAAUCUCAAGACGAAACAUUCCUCCCAACGAAAAAGAAUUCUAAGAAUGACACCCACAAAAUCUACCAAAACCAGGAUAGGUAAAUCUCUAACUUCCAUCCAGAAGAAAUUUUGGUGGCCGUUCAAACGAAAUAAAGAGUUGGUUGUUACCAAAUCACUCUCGCAUAAAAGGAAGAAUGGUUACGAGGAUGGAGGGUGGUCUAAUCUUUGCGAGGGGCACCACUGCUCAUGUGACCACUACACUGACCACUGUCAUCAUCACCAUCACCAGAACCGACCCCCCUCGACAAGCAUCGGUUAUGUUCACCAUAUCCAUCACAAUAAUCAACAGCAGCAAUUGCUCUUUUCUCCUGGUAGCGGUCGUAGUAAUCCACAAGAACGAGUCAUUGCACGUAAUACCAACCCUUCAAGGCACCCACCACAACAAUUCCCUACGUCGGCCGAAGAGAUUGCCCACGAUAAGCGAGAAGUAAACCUAAUUCGGGAAAAAAUUCGCCUCAAAGAAGAAAUCCAGCGGCUGAGAAAUUCCCAGCGAUGGAAGGAUGGCGUCAAGCAGGUGCACCACUACCACGGCCCCACCCAUCUCUACAAUCACAAUGGACCUUCGAGACGAAGAAGGAAGAAACAUCCAUCAUACCAUCACGAGGACAACUCGAGUAGUGAAGAGGACGAUGACGACGAGUUGACAAAAAAGCUCAAGCUUGCGGAAGCUCAAAAGAAAAUUGCGAAAGUUCAGUUAUUGGCAUCGCUUCUGUCCCAGUUUGGCGUGGGAGGCGCUGUCCCAGACCUGCUGCAUCAUGGAAUAUCUCAAAUUCCAAACAAUUUCCAGGCAGGAUAUCCCUUCGGCCCUUACGUGUCCUUGGGUCCCAGCCACGGUCACGACAAUCAUGGUAACCACAGACCACCACAAUCUGGUGGAAGUGGAACUAGCACAGUCCGACCUACCCAAAAUCCCACCACCACAACAAAUUCCCCUUCUACACGCCCAACAACGACAAGCCUUCCACCCACCCACCCUAAUCCAAUCACUGAUCCUCCCCAAACUACGACAACUCCCUCAAAUCAAUCUUCAAUAAUGAUUCCCACACUACCCACGAUGACUACGAUUACUUUGCCAACUAUUCCAAGUACGAAUGCUAGUACUCUGACAACGCCAAGGCUUGCACCACAACUACUGCCACCAAAUCCAGCCGUACUUCUUGCAGCUCAAAUAUUGUUGGAGGACUCUUUGGACGAGGAGGUGGAUAACAUUAACAACAAGUCUUCCGAAGAUGAUGAAUCCGGAUCUGAUGAAUUGGAUAGGAUUGCAGAAAAUCCAGCUCAGAAUGAGUACAGAGAAUAUUGAUAAAAUUAACUUUUCUAUUUAGCGAAGGUAGACUUAUGAGAAGGUCACAAAGGUGAACUAAAUAUCUUAUUUUUAUAAAUAUGUGUAUAACUGAAGGAAUGGCGCACGAUGAAUACUUGAGAUUUGUCGCAAAAGCUAAGUAUGUAUGUACUAUACAGUAAAUAAGUAAAUGAUGAAAAGUUGAUUAUCCAAAUAAAUUCAAAUGUGUUCAUAUGAAUCCACACGCAUACCACUGAUCUGAAUCACUGUUAUUAAACAAUUAUUCUCUCCUUCCUAAGUGGAUAAUAUGUUACAAUUUACUGGUUUUUGCAUGAAAAUGCUGGCAAUAUUUGAAUGAUUACUGGCUGCUUCUAUUGAUUGAUAUUUAUUGAUUAGUAAAAAUGAGAUUGGAGAUAUUUUCAGUCAAAUACAUACACAUUAAUAUUCUUGUCAAUUUCAUUUUUAUAUAUGCACAAUAAUUUCUUCAGUAAAAAGUGAAAACUAUUGAACUUGAGCUACACGCAAUAUGUAUUUGUUUAAAAUAUUGCUUUGCUCAUUGUUUACGUCGCAGUCUCGCCACGUUUAUUACCUGAUUCAAUUUCAUUCUGCAUCUCUAAUAUUCUUAGCAAAAUUGUUUUUUGCAUUCAGAUAAAUAAAAUGAAGCUAUUAAUUCUGGGAAUUUUAGCUAUCAAUUUUAUCAGCAACUCAGUGUGUUUCACAAGAUUGUGGAAAAAGCAAAGUGAAUUGGAACCACUGCCGGGGGAAUAUUUCCCUGCGAAUAACCAUUACGAUUUGAGAGGAAGCCAAACUUUAGGAGAGGAAGGACAAGAAACAGUAAAUUUCGAGGUAUGCAAUAUUUAUUAGAAUUUUUGAAUCUCCACUCGUGUAUAUUUCCUAAAUUCAGAUAACAGCAUCUCCUUACGGGCAUAACUUUGGGAGCAAAUGCUUGACCAGAGUGAUAAACAAUUAUCCUCGUACUCGCCGGGAAGAACCCUUCAUCGAGCUUAUCUUCCAACUGCUCAAUUCAGCACGGAAAAUCAUUUCAAGAGUGAUUCGACAGAUUCCCAAAGUGAUGGACGCUAUCGUCACCACGUUCUUUCAGUGGAGAGAGUUCAUCGGGCAAUAAAUGAUCACAGUAUCGGAAAUUGUAUUUAUUUUAAUUUAUAAAUUAAUUUAAUUUAAUUUAAUUGCAAUCAUUAAAAUAUGUAAUGAUUUUGAA